AUGAAGUUCAACGCCGCUUCGAGUGUCGCUGGAGCCAUACUUCUCAACAUAGCAGGCUCCCUCUGCCAGUUAGAUGUGUGUGGUCGAGCGCCCCUCAACAAUAAGAUUGUUGGAGGGGAGAACGCAAAAGCAGGGGCUUGGCCAUGGCAAGUCAGCAUUCAAAAACUCAGCGGUAGUCAUUUCUGUGGCGGGAGUCUAAUCAAUAAAGACUGGGUUUUGUCUGCAGCUCACUGCUUCAACCAAGUCACUGCAUCUAGCAUUGUGAUGUAUUUCGGACGUCACAGCCAAUUGGGCUUAAACCCUAAUGAGACAUCCAGGAGAGCGAGUCAAAUCAUCACUCAUCCAAAAUAUAACUUGAUUAGGCAUGACAGUGACAUAGCACUGGUCCAGCUCUCCUCUUCUGUGACUUUCUCUGAUUACAUCAGGCCAGUUUGUCUGGCGGCGGCUGGUAGUGUAUUUGGUGGAGGUACGGAGAGCUGGAUCACUGGAUGGGGAGUUCUAAAGUCUGGAGCAGGCGAAGUUUCUGAUAUACUGCAGGAGGUGCAGGUUCCAGUUGUGAGCAACAAUGACUGUUAUAAUGCUUUUGCAGCGAUCACAACCAUCACAAGCAAUAUGAUUUGUACUGGAUUGAUAAACGUGGGAGGUAAACAUUCAUGUCAGGGAGACUCUGGAGGUCCAGUGGCCAGUAGGAACAGUUCCCUGUGGAUUCAGUCCGGCAUUGUGAGUUUUGGAGCCAAUCCCUGUGAUGACCCCAAAUAUCCCAGUGUGUUCGCCAGAGUUUCUCAGUUCCAGGACUGGAUCACCACUAACAUAGGCAGCAACCCACCUGGAUUUGUCAAAUACCACAACAAUGGAUUCAGAAGUUUGCUCAACCUCCUUUUACUUUCAAUGUCUCUCACAUUCUCCAUCGUUCCUUUCACCUUCUUCCUAAAGAUUGUUUGA